AUGGGCUAUCCGUCAACCCGGCCGAUAACCUGUUUAUACACCAUAUACGCCAGACCGAAGAAAAAUCGCAUUUCUAAACCCAUCCAACUAUCUUACUAUGUUCAAUCUCAAGCAAACGAUAUUGCGCGAAUCAGAACGAACGGGCCAUGUAAACAAUCGCCUGCCUUUAUCCAAGCUGACAACCACACGAAUACAAAUUCAUUGCUGGCCUAUCUCAAUGAUAUCCUACUAUUCCUCCUCCCGUUAUCAUCAAAUCUGCCACCCGUCAGCCCCACCCUAUCCCCAGAGACACUCGCCCAGCACUACCGAGACAACCACCGUGGAUUCCGAGCCGGGGUAGUUUUCACACUUUUAAGCGCAAUAAUCUACCCCUUUUACGAAAUCGGCGUGAGCAGAAUCUUCUCCCCAAUCCCCAACAGCGACCCAGUAAUCAUGAUGACCCAAGCUGCGGCGGGUGUGGUAUGUGGUCUUUCAUUCAUUAAUUGCGGGAUAUUUUUCGCCGUGAUUACAUUCCGGCUGGAUCGCGAUGCAGCGGUGACUCAGGCUUUGAGCGAUCUUGCGUGGUUAUAUUUUACUCUAUUAGUACCGAUGUUGGUUUUCCAGGAUCUUCUGGUUGGGAUGCUGGUGAGAGGGGACCGGAGAGAAAGACCGGUUGUUCCUACCUGGUCAGGGUGGGCGAAUUGGGUUUUACCAAUUGGGUGGUUUGGUGCUUGGGGGUCUCAUUGUGUACACAAUGGUCCUUUUGCUUGGGAUGGUGCUAUCACUUUUUGGCUGACUGUUGUGUUCUAUCUGGUUCAGAUUACCUUGAACACUGUUUAUCUUUGGGUUGCGGCAGGAGAAUGUGAUUUGUAA